CAUCUUCCUAGAGCCCCGACAAAUCCAGAAACGGCCCUGCUUUUCCUCCUUAUUUUCCUCCAAUGUGUUGCUAAUGAUGUAAUUUCUCAUAGUCCUGGACCCAGGAUCCCCCAGCAGGCGGACUGCAGGCUGGUUUCUAGGUUUUAGAGAACAGGCUCCGCCUCUCCACCCAGCUUGUCCAGCAGCAGCGGCGGCGGCAGCGGCGGCUCAGUGCGCCGGGGAGCGUCAGGCAGCAGGACACGCCGCGGACGGGAGCGGACCCGCCGGAUCAUAAAACACCAUCCCUCCUCGCCUUCAAGGGGAAAACACCCCCGCACAUCUCCGAGCGAUCCGGUGGAAACAUCGGAACAAACUCCGGGUUGGAUCCGUAGCCAGUGGCGGGCAGGAGGGAUGCUGCUCCAGCCCGACACGGUGCACCGCGCAGUCCGCCUCAGAGGCUGGUGAUGCCCGCCGCGGUGCGGGGAUCCCCACCCAGCUGCAGCGGCAGCAGGUCGGAACAACAGGGCGUCGGGGAGAUGAUGGUGGUUCGGCCGGGAUCAUGGCUAACGGAACCGGUUCUAUCAUGCUGAAAUGCGUCGUGGUUGGAGACGGCGCAGUGGGUAAAACGUGUCUCCUGAUGAGCUAUGCCAACGACGCCUUUCCAGAGGAGUAUGUGCCCACGGUGUUUGAUCAUUAUGCAGUGAGCGUCAACGUUGGAGGGAAGCAGUACUUGUUGGGACUGUAUGACACAGCUGGUCAGGAGGACUAUGACCGCCUGAGGCCCUUGUCCUAUCCGAUGACGGAUGUCUUCCUCAUCUGCUACUCCGUUGUCAACCCGGCCAGUUUCCAAAAUGUGCGUGAGGAAUGGGUGCCGGAGCUGCAGGAGUACGCACCCAGCGUUCCUUACCUGCUGAUUGGCACCCAGAUUGACCUUCGUGAUGACCCCAAGACGAUUGCAAAACUGAACGACAUGAAGGAGAAGCCAAUCGCUACGGAGCAGGGACAGAAACUGGCCAAGGAGAUCGGGGCGUGUUGCUACGUGGAGUGCUCGGCGCUGACCCAGAAGGGCCUGAAGACGGUGUUCGACGAGGCCAUCAUCGCCAUUCUGGCUCCCAAGAGGAAGAAGGGAUCCAUGAAGAGAAGACUGGGACCCCGCUGCAUCAACUGCUGCUUGAUCACGUGAUGUGGCGGCUCCUCUGGAUUCUUCUAGUGAAAGACCACAAACCAAACAUGGACUGACGGCAAAAGAUGGAUAAAAUGCAGACAAAAACCAGGAGGAUUGAGGGACAAAACAAGAGCUAGCACUGAGACUCUUGAAAUACCAGAAGCCUCUCCUGAACUGAGAAUGCCGUUUUUACCAAAGGAGCUCAAAACCCAUCAUUCUCUUCUUCUACAAGACUUUUGCCUCAAAAGUACCUUCUUUUAUAACCAUUUUAAUAAUUUUUUGUUUGUUUCUGUCGCUGUAUGCCAUCACAGGAAAGACAAAAUGACAUUUCAGCUUUAAGAUGAAUGCUUAAUUCAUAAAUAUCUCUAUUGUUUUUGGAAAUAACUUUUAAGUUUAUCUCCAAAAUGAUGGAAGAGAAUAAGUUUUUAGCUUUGACAUUUUGUCACGGGAGACUUAGUUUUACAUUUUUAAUUUCAAAUCUUUAAAUUCGGACGAAUUGUGGACCUACAGCUAUGUUAUUUUUAAGGUUGUUUUGUAGUGUGGCAUGCCAAAAUACUCCGAGAUAGAACGAAACUGAGGAGUUCACAAGAAAAUGAAAAUGUUUAUUAUCCAUUUUUAGAAACUAUAUUAUGUAGAGUUUAUAAGAUUGUAUCACUAAAUCAAAUAUCAUCGAGAUCAUAUUUUAUCAGCUGAUAAAUAACUUUUUGUUAUCAUGCAGUAAUUUGCUAUGUUUUUAUCAAUUUAAAGAGAGAAAUUGUAGACUAACUCAUAUAUUUCCCAAAGAAUGCACACCUUUCAUUAAAGGGCAUAUAUCAUCAUUUUUUCAUAUUUUUUUAAAUAUUUUUUAAACAUUUUACAUACUUCUUCAUCAAGAAUUGUGUUUAGAAGCAUAAAAUAAAGGUGAGCAUAUUAUAGUUGGGAGCUCAAGUUUGAAUUCAACAAAUUAAGAUUUAUCAGCCGAUUUAUCCAGUCAGGAGAAGAAAUUUAGAGAAACUGUAACUUGAGUACUUAGCAAACCAGCACCCUACAAACGGAUUUAAAGGUGAUCUGUCCCAAGCCGAGUCUGCCUGUAAUUUAAUCCUGUUUCAAAUUUCUGCUUGUGCCAAUAACUCGGCAUCCAGAAAGCCAUAAUUUCUGCUCUGGUUCAGACCCGUGUUGUUAUUGUUCACAGGCAAGCAUAAGUACGAUUCUCCCAACAGCUAUGUGAGACCUGGUUAAGGAAAGUCUCACUUUUCUCCAUAUAAUCACUCUGUCAGAAUGUUACUCUGAGGUCUCUCAUGCCACUCAGACUCUAUAGACCUUUCUGUAGUUAAGUUUUCCUACAACACUGUAUUUUUUUUGUCCUAAAAUGUCACUUCAAGCUAAUGCUAAUCAAGGUAGAAAUGGUAAAAUACUGACAUAUAAUCAGACUACGGCUAUAAUGAGACAUUCUUUUCCAUUUGGCUCAGACAAAAAUAAAUAAAAAAACAAUUGCUAAUGGCUACAAAGCUAAUUCUGCCUCUAAAUAUCCAGAAAGAUUGUUUAUAGAAAAAGAAAUCUGAGAUUUACACAGUCUAUAGGAGGUUUUGAAUUACAACAGAGUAUUAGGGCCAUACUCAAAAAAAAAAA